AUGUAUGAACAAUCAGAAAAUAGUAAUGAUACAGAAAUGAUUAAUCCAAAUAUUUUUAAUACUUUUGAUACUCCAAAACUAAAAAAAUCAAUUAGCAAAUACAUCUCUGAUGCUGAACAAAAAUAUAAAAUUGUUGAUGAAAUUUGUUCAGAAACAAAUUUAUAUUUAAUUCUUGGCGUUGAAAAAACAUGUUCAUUAGAAGAAUUAAGAAGAGCUUAUAUUAAUAGAUCAAGAAUUUGUCAUCCUGAUAAAUUUCCGGAAUAUCCAAAAGCAACAGAAGCAUUUCAAAAACUUUCAUAUGCUUACGAAACAUUGAAUAAGUCAUCUACAAGACGUGCUUAUGAUAUAUCAGGCACAAGUAAUUUAGGUAGCGUUAAUGGAACAGGCGAUGACACAUUACAUGGUGUUUUAUAUCAGUUGUUUUUGGAGUUUAUGGAUGGCGACUUUGAAAUGAUUCGUUCUUUAGUUAAUGCGUUAAAUGAAGGCAAUCCUGAAUUAAACUUAGGUGAAGAUACAAUUGAAACAAUUGAAACUGUGUUCAGAGGAAUGAGAGAAACACUUUUAGCGAUGAAAGCCGAAUUUAAACAAUUAGGUGGUAAAGGUAUCAUCAAUAAAGGACUUUUAGGUGAUAGCAUGGCUAAAGUUGUCACCGGAUUGGUUACUUGUUUAGAAGCGGGUGAACAAUACAUAUAA